AGGGGCGGAUUUUUUAGGAUUUUUGGGGUUCCCGGAGGAUUUUUUGGGGAUUCUGGAGGAUUUUUUGGGGAUUCUGGAGGAUUUUUGGAGGAUCCCGGAGGUGACGGAGCCAUGGCCGCCCCCGCGAGCGCGCAGAGCGCCAGCAAAACGUGGGAGCUGAGUCUGUACGAGCUGCACCGAACGCCGCAGGAGGCCAUCAUGGACGGCACAGAGAUCGCGGUGUCACCGCGUUCCCUACACUCGGAGCUGAUGUGCCCCAUCUGCCUGGACAUGCUCAAGAACACCAUGACCACCAAGGAGUGCCUGCACCGCUUCUGCUCCGACUGUAUCGUCACCGCAUUGAGGAGUGG